AUCAGACUUGCAUCAUGGCAUCUCACCGUCACAUCCUUCUGGUGUCUCUGGUGUUUCUAUCGUCCAUCUCUUUGGCUCUCACCUUUGACCCCGUGGUAAACGUGAACAAAGUCCAUGAUAGCGGCCUUGAUCCUGGAGCCAUCAACCUUCUUUUGGACUUACACAACUCUUACCGUCGAGACGAGAAACAUGCUAAUGACAUGUUUCGACUGGAAUGGUCCAAAGCUCUGGAACAGGAAGCAGCCAAAUGGGUGUCCCAGUGCGACUUCCAGCACCACAGUGACCCCGAGUGGGGCGAGAAUCUCUUCCGGAGCAUCCACCACAGCGGUGUGGAGGACGCCAUAGAGAGCGGCAUGAGGGCCUGGCACCUGGAGCGGUACAACAUCUACGACCGCGAGGAGGGGCUGGACUGCUGCACACGCACCAAGGAUACCUGCUGCUCCUUCUCGCAGAUCAUUUGGGGCUCCAGUCGGUUCGUGGGCUGUGCCAUCAGGAGUUGCGAUGUCCUCAGAGGGAAAACAGCACAGGACGACUACACCGACGCUGUCUUCAUGGCUUGUUACUACUACCCUAGGGGCAACGUGUUGACCCAGCAGCCUUACCAACAGGGCGGGGGCCGCUGCUCCAACUGUACGGAGGCCGCGCCCGACUGUGACAGGGGCCUGUGUUAUUACGAUACCACUCGAUGCCAAGCAAUUCCUGAAUAGGAAACCUGAACAACGUAUGCAUCUCUGUAUUUUCAAUGUCCAAUCCGUGUCUUCUGUUUUUACUGAAAUUAAAAUACAUAAUUAUACUACUUUUUUU